UGGUUCCCUCCCUCUCCCUCCUUCCGUCAGACCCGUCUCUCCUUCUCCUCCUCCGCCUCUGCUGAAUCGAAGUCGGAUGACCUCGAUCCUGCCUCCGCUGCCCUCGGCGAUGACCCCCUCGCUGCCUCUUCCGGCCAAGUCGUCGUCGGCGUUGAGUCUCGUUACCUCGUUGUCUACCGCCUCGUGAACUCCAUGAUCUACGUCCUCGGCGUCACCACUCCGGACAGAUCAAUGCUGAGUUCCAGGAAUCAUUGUUAUCACGAGUAGGCCUCAAAGGUACCAUCUUUUUGAGGACAUUGCCUCCUAAGCAAGCUGCGGGGAAGGAGACAGAGUUUUCGUUCCGGUUGGAGAAUACUUCUGGGAUCCAGAGGGCUGUCAUGCAAACCUCUUGUGUGAUGAGUAGUCUAGAGAACGGCAUUAGGACACCAUCAAAGGAGGAGCCCAUGCUGCUGCUGGUUGAAGCAACAAUAGGCUCGGUAGCCCCGUCGUGCUUGAAGAACCAAAGCUUCGAUGAAAUCGAAGACUUUGUCAUACUUUUCCCGUCGGCCUAUGAUUGCACGUAUCGAAUUAAGAUGUUGAAAAAAGAAGAGAAGAACCACGCUAAAGGCCGGCAACCAUUUAUACAAAACAUCUUCUACCAGCCGGGAUCCGGCGGCCACCAAAGGUAAUGCGCCGGAGGGUGGUGGUGAAGGAGGUGGGGAUGCGGACGCUGUGGUAGCGAUGGAGGGUGAAAAUGGAGGUGCGGAGCGAGGUGAUGAUUCGUCCGCUGCUGCCGGUGAUGGUGAGGGUGGCCGAUCGGCCUCGUCGGACGCUGAAGAAGGGAAUUGGAGCUCAACAAGCCUUCUCUACAGCCAAUCUUGUGAAGCAAUUGAACUUGAAGGCUGGGAUUGCAGUAGUCCUUUUCAUUGGAUGCACUCGAAUUGCUUCAGGGAAACCAAGCAAGAGCUCAAUUUGCUUCACAGUCCCAAAAUUCAUCUGAUUCAAAAUUUUUGGAACAAGGUGGUUGCUACUUUGACAGGGAAAGGCAUUCAAGUUGCUAGGUUAUCACUGUUUCAUCAAGGCAAGGCAUGGAGAGACCUCAUUGGUUCAUGAAGAAGAUCACUCAGGCGGGAUUGCACCCCUGAGUUGUAGAGUCUUUGUGUUUAUUUUUCCUUUUUUUUUGUUCGGAGCAAUUUUUGUUGUCUUUUUU